CUCGACCGUCCAUUCUUCAAGCCGGCGACUGUUACCACUGUAUUCUUUCUUGUCUUCUUGUUCUUUGUUGAGUUAUUGUACUGCGACCAGUUGUUGGUACGCUCGCAACACAAUACCCAGGGGUAGUUCUGGACGACAAACUACUACUAGGUACUGUCCACCUGCCGGACCUAGAACCCGUCCUCAUCUCUUGAGCAUGGCAAGAUAGAAACCCACCUUGAUCCUUUGUGCUACCUACCUCUCUCCUCCCCGACAGCCAACCUACUCCUCCGGCAGAAUGCGAGGCUCCCAUCUUCUCCCUAAACAACUCCGCUCACUGGGCAAAAGCGACAGCUGGUUGAAUCGAACAAUCACAUCGAAUCUACUUGCAGUCUCGCACGUCGCUUGCCAACAUCCUAUUCAUACUAUCGUGGCCAUUGCUCUGUUGGCAAGCACCUCAUAUGUUGGACUAUUACAGGAAAGCCUGUUUGACAGUGGGAUAAAGUCCCUACAACAUAAUGGCAGAGUAGAUGUCGAAGCACUACUUACGGGCAGCCGGACGCUAGAAUUGUCACAGAACACCGCCUGGAAAUGGCAGUUCUCAGACGAUUCUAGCGUUCCAAAGGUGUCGCUGGGUCCUAACCAUUACGCCCUCACCACUUUUGUCUUCCCGGACUCUUCUUCUGCUCCUGAAGCUCAUUCUAUCCCCAUUCCGGCCAAUGUCACAGCUACCAACAUUCCGACUACCUCGAAUCUCCUCUCUCCGAUAUCGCACGACACCUCCUUGGCUUUUUACACCACUUUCUCCGAACUCCCUGAUUUCUUGCGAGCUGCCCAGGAACUGCCGGCACAGAAUACGCCGGCGGAAACUGAUGAACAAGUUUCAUGGAUUAUGAAAGCUGCCCGCGUGGGCAAUGGACGGGCUACCUACGCAACUUGGUUCCGCGAGGGCUGGACUUCGUUCGUGGAUCUGCUCAAGCAUGCCGAGACAUUGGACAUCAUCAUCAUGUCGCUGGGCUACUUGUCUAUGCACCUGACUUUCAUUUCGCUAUUUCUGUCCAUGAAGCGCCUGGGCUCUAAUGCAUGGUUGGCCGUCUCGGUACUGUUUUCCAGCCUUUUCGCAUUUCUCUUUGGAUUGGUUACUACAACGAAACUCGGAGUCCCCAUCAACAUGGUCCUGCUAUCAGAAGGUCUGCCAUUUCUAGUGGUCACUGUCGGGUUUGAAAAGUCCAUCAUUCUUACAAAGGCUGUUCUGUCCGCUUCUUAUGAUACUAAACGACACCCUACCGAGAAUGGCUCCGCGAAGGGAAGUGCUACAGGACCUGUAAUUGCCCCCAACGCCCCAAACUCGAUACAGGAUGCGAUCCAAAUUGCCAUCAAAGAAACCGGCUUUGAGAUCGUCCGAGAUUAUGCAAUUGAGAUCGCAAUUCUCGUUGCUGGUGCAGCUUCCGGAGUUCAGGGCGGCUUACGGCAAUUCUGCUUCCUAGCUGCCUGGAUCCUGUUCUAUGACUGUGUCCUCCUCUUCACCUUCUACACCACUAUACUCUGCAUCAAGCUCGAAAUCAACCGAAUCAAGCGUCACGUUGCCCUCCGGAAGGCUCUCGAAGAAGAUGGCAUUAAUCACCGAGUGGCUGAGAAUGUCGCCACUAACAACGACUGGCCUAACGGGCCAUCAGGUCAGACCGGCUUCAAUAUCUUCGGCCAAAAGAUCAGACCCAGUAGCGUACCCAAGUUCAAGAUAUGGAUGGUCGGCGGUUUCGUCAUCAUCAAUGUGGUCAACCUUUGUACCAUUCCUUUCCGUACUUCAACAAGCAUCAAGAACCCUGGGGCUGCGAUACCGAGUGUCCUCACCCCUGCUCCAAUUGAUCCAUUCAAGGUGGCAGAAAAUGGUUUGGAUGCAAUUUACGUCUCAGCCAAAAGCAGAAAACUCGACACAUUUGUGACCGUCCUUCCUCCUAUCAAAUACGAGCUUGACUACCCAUCACUGUCGCAGGAUGUCUCUCAGGACGAGCUUGGCUGGUUCGACCAAGAAUACACCGAUCAAUUUCUGAACGUGGUUGGUGGACGUGUCAUUGAAGGAGUUUUAAAGAGCCUUGAAGAUCCUGUCCUCAGCAAAUGGGUGCUGAUCGCACUGACGCUCAGCUUGAUACUCAAUGGCUACUUGUUCAAUGCGGCUCGUUGGAGCCUUAAGGAACCCCAGUCAUCGGCAAAUUCGCCAGCUGGACAAAAAGUGCCACGGCUCGAGUUACCUCAAACCCCCAAGCCCAAACCACUCGAUCUCGAUCUGCAGUCUGAAUCUGGUCGAUCCAAGGAAGAGUGCACGCAGAUGCUGAAAGACAAAAAGGCUGCAUAUCUCACGGAUGAAGAAUUGAUUGACCUGUCACUGAAAGGCAAGAUCCCCGGUUAUGCGAUCGAAAAAACACUAGAAAAUCCUGAAGUCAUGACCCGUUUGGACUCCUUCGUCCGAGCUGUCAAGGUACGAAGAGCUGUUGUAUCCAGGACUUCGGGUGCCAGAUUCGCAGCUGGAUUGGAGGUGUCAAAGGCUCCGUAUAGGGACUACAAUUACGAACUUGUCCACGGCGCUUGCUGCGAGAAUGUCAUCGGAUACCUGCCUCUCCCACUCGGUGUUGCCGGCCCCAUUGUCAUUGAUGGCCAGAACUAUUUCCUUCCUAUGGCAACCACAGAAGGCGUGCUUGUUGCUAGCACAAGUCGUGGCUGCAAAGCCAUUAAUGCCGGUGGCGGUGCUGUUACGAUUGUGACCGGCGACGGAAUGACUCGAGGACCAUGCAUGAGUUUCCCAACUGUGACCAGAGCAGGAGAAGCCAAGAUCUGGCUGGAUUCAGAAGAAGGUCAACGACAGAUGCGAGAAUCAUUCAACUCGACAAGUCGCUUCGCUCGACUACAAUCGAUGAAGUCAGCAAUAGCAGGCACAUAUCUCUACGUUAGGUUCAAGACGACCACAGGUGAUGCUAUGGGUAUGAAUAUGAUCUCAAAGGGCGUCGAAAAAGCACUUUCUAUCAUGUCUACCGAAUGUGGCUUUGACGACAUGACCAUUGUCUCGCUGUCUGGCAACUACUGCAUAGACAAGAAACCUUCCGCCAUCAAUUGGAUUGAUGGUCGAGGAAAGGCGGUCGUCGCUGAAGCCAUCAUUCCAGGUGAUGUUGUCAAGAACGUUCUGAAGAGUAAUGUGGACGACCUCGUCGAGCUCAACAUCUCCAAGAACCUGGUCGGCAGUGCUAUGGCAGGAAGUAUUGGUGGAAACAACGCUCACGCAGCGAAUAUUGUUGCAGCUAUCUUCUUGGCCACUGGUCAAGACCCGGCUCAGGUCGUCGAGAGCGCUAGCUGUAUGACGCUCAUGAAGAACACCAACGGAAACCUUCAGAUCAGCGUGUCGAUGCCAUGUCUUGAAGUGGGCACGAUCGGCGGUGGAACUAUUCUCGAAGCACAAUCGUCGAUGCUCGAUCUGCUGGGUGUUCGCGGCGCUCAUCCAACUAACCCUGGCGACAAUGCUCGACAGCUAGCCAGGAUUAUCGCUGCAGGUGUGCUUGCAGGCGAACUUAGCUUGUGCGCCGCGCUCAGGGCCGGACAUCUUGUCAAGGCACAUAUGGCGCACAAUCGGUCUGCGGCUCCUACGAGAACGAGUACGCCGGUAUCGGCAGCCGUGGAGCCAUUCCUAAAAGCCCAGAAUGGACCGAAUGUCCCUGCAUCGCUAAAGAUGACCAAUGGGACCGGCAAAUGAGAGUGUAAAGGGUGGAGGACAUGUAUGAAUGAAUCAAUGGAGUCAGUUGCAUAUACGGACAUUCAGCAUUGGUGUUGAUUUGGGGCCAAGGUCAUUGUCGGCAUUCCUAUUGAUUAUUGGCGCGCCUUUGAUGCUGCAAGGGCAACAAGAAGGGCGUUAUCGCCGAAGGGGAGGUACCGAGAUGUGUAACAACGAACUUUCGGUGCGAUAGACGGCAGCCGCGCGAGCAGCUCAAAGAGAAACAUAAUACGAGAAGUAUAUUAAUACUCAAACGCUGUAUGGG